GCUGGAUGAAGUCGUUUUGUCUUUUGUGUAUUAUACUUGCGCGAGAGAAUUACUCUUGCUUAAUUGUUUAACAUUUGUUCUUUUCUUUUAUUUUGAACCAUUUUAUUAUUUUGUUCUGAAAAUUCGAAUGGAAGAUGGAUGAUCUGGGGUUACCCGAUAUGAACGCCACAGUCUGGAACGUUACUGAUCAGUUCAACAGCGAGCAUGAAAGCACUGCAAGUGCAGCCAACAGUACAGCAAGCACUCCAGUGACUCCAUCCCAAACAAUGCUGCUGUCUGAGCCAACAACGGAAUUAACACUGCUCACCUCCAUCCCUCUGUUGUUAUCUUCCAUAUCGACAUCGCUCACCUCAUACCGUCAGGAUGUUAUACCCUCAACGGCAGUCCCUCUGCCAUCCACAUUGCACCAUCCGUCCCUUCUCCAACCGAGUCCUGGCUGGGUGCAAGCCAAAGCUGCUUUCGGUUGGACGUGGGAUCUGCAUAUUUACGCACUGGGUUCACUGUUCGCAGUCGUGGCACUGUACAGUUUCCUGUGCAUUAUACAACUAUGCCGUAUGAAUAACACAAAAGGCGUGCGUUUGUAUUUCUCUUUGCUGCAUUUUUUAAUAUUUUUAUUUGGCACCAGUCGCGCGGUGUUUCUUUUGCUGGAUCCCUAUAAUCACAAAAACCUCCUGCCCCAAAUGGUGGCGGCGGUGUUUCUGCAUUUAUCCUUCCCGUGCCUUACAUCGGCAUUCUGUAUGGUCCUCGCAGCGCUGGUACGCACAACGAAGAUGAAACUAAUGAAGGCAGGGAUUAUGAAUACGUACCUGUUGUUGGGGAUUUUAUUGGGAAAUUUUGCCUUCGCUAUUUCCGCGGAGAUCGUGGUGGAUGUCUUCCUCUCCACACAGAAAAUUAACGCAGUGGCCGUGGCGUCCCAGACGUAUUUUAUCGCGUGGAGUCUGGGACUGGGUUUAGGCUACCUGGUGAUGUUUGGGCGGUUGGUCGAUGCGGCGCGAGACGCUGACGGUCUGGUAUUGACGGGUACACGGCGUGUGGCGGUAGCGGUGAAAAUGAUGCUGGCCAUCGCGAUGCUGCUGCUGUGUUUUGCCGGAUUGCACGUCUACGGAUUGAUCCGGGUGUAUGGAUUUCUGAAGGAUCUCAGCGACUUGGUUGAUCCGUGGGAAUGGUAUGGCUUCCAUGUGGGAACGCGUAUAACCGAGCUGGUGCUGGCGGCGCUCUUGGCCUUUGUGGCCUCUUUGACAAUCUGGACGAAAGCGGCGCGGCAGUAUAAUAUCCCGCCGCCGCUGCCGCCCAGUCGCGUCGUGAAAGAAGAGGGUCAGGCCCGUGAGGGUCUGCUCAGUCCCGACGGCAUGCGCCUGCAGUCCAUCCGCAACCCGCCUCCGUCGCCUGGUAUUGUGCCGAAGAAUCGCAGGGAUUUCCCGGUGACGUUUAAUCCUGAGGGUGGGAAGGGUGAUGAUAGUGAUUUCUUUCUUCCACAACGAUUUGUGAUGGCGAACAGGGCGCGGAGUGGGGUGGCACGGAAGGUGGACAGUCAUCUUCUGGAGACUAAUCCCAUACAUAAUGCAGAUGAGUACGAGCGGUAUGGAUAAUGGAGAAUGGCUUAUGUGCGUUAAAUUCCGAUGCAUUUAUUUUCUACUUACCUUGUUUUCUACUUUACCAAUAAUGUUGCUUAAUUUGUAUUUUUUGUUGUUUUCUAAUGUCUCAAUCUUUUGUUUAUCGAUAUGUGAUAACUAUCAACUUCUGAUUGUUAACUACCGCGAAGCCUUUUAAUUUUUAACUCUCCAAUGCAAAGCUUUUGAUUACUAACUUAAUGUUUCCUACUUACUUACGCCAGUGAUGCAGUUUAUGCGUCAGAAUCCUGUCAAAUCUUAAUGUGUGCAUAUUUUUAGACAUUAAACGAUCACAGUUG